AUGCUGACUCAAUAUAUUUCUAGAGCCCCCCCUCCAAGUCCACAGCCCAAGCUACCUUCCAUCGCCGAAUUACGAGGUGGACCAUAUUCUCAUUUAAACCCAGCUUCCAUCCAGCAUGCUCUUUACCAUAUGGCGGAUCAGCUGCCUGGUUCAUCACCCCCCUCAAGCAGCCUACCCUCACCGACAGGAAGCUCAUGUACAACCUUAUCAACGCAAUCGACAACAAGCAUUUGGAAUCCGUAUCCGACUGCUGCAUCCCCUGAUGGUGACACGGACAAGACAAUAGCACAGAGCAUUGAGAUCAUCAAGAAAAAAGGCACCGAAGAUGUUAAGCGCAUCUUGUCCAAUGACAUGAUCAAAAUAGAAGAUGAUGGCAAUGUAGAUUUGGGCUAUCCCAUUGCCGGCUCCAUGACACAGCUCAACUUCCUUCCCAUGAGAGCCACGAAGCUAAACAAAGAGCUGGUACGCCUUCACUUGUCUCUACUAUCCCGAUUUAAAUGCUCGGUAGACGGACAGCCGGAUCCCGCAAAUGAGUUUAUGAACAUGUGGGUUCCUUGUACCGUGCAAGACCCCCUUCUCCUACAAAUAGUACUGUUCACAUCAGCCUGCUUCCUCACCGAAACUGGCGAUAUGCCGAAGAAACUACGAUAUAUAUAUCAGGGUCACGUUUAUAUGAUGCUCAACAAACAGCUUGGGGACGUCAAUGCCCAAAAGAACGACACCUUGCUGCUUGCUGUUGUACAGAUGAUCUCUGACGCCUGGUAUUGGGGCGAGACGACCCACCUACAGACUCACCUCCAAGGGCUGAAGGUUAUGGUAAGAAUGAGAGGUGGGCUAGGUCAGCUUGGGUUACGUGGCUAUCUGGCCAAAAUGAUACUGGUUCAUGAUAUUGCCAUGGCGCUAGCACAUGAGAUCAAACCGACUAUUUAUGGAAAUUCAGAGUUCCCUUUCUACGAUCCAAAAAGGACGCCCAUCAAGACGGCAUACAACACACCUCUGCUAUGCAACUGGCAAUCUUUCAGGGAGUGUUCAAACUCUUUACAGUUACAUCCCACUACCGCUGAUAUACUCGACAAGGUGAGAAGUUUAUUCUCGGCCGUCUUGUCACUUCCAAAGGACUCAACUCCCGACCGAAUACAAACUGUUAUCAACAGCGCAGAUGGGUUUUACAAGAAGAUAGGGGACCUUCCAGAAACGACCCCACCAUUGGGAAUUUCCUGCAACCCUUCCCGCGCUAGCUCAACUGAGAGUCCAGACCAGUCUCCUCGGUCGUACAGGACCGACAAGUCCUCAUCGCCUUAUGAACUCCCAGACCUAAUGUAUCUUGUUAUUCGGAAAGUCGCUCUGAUUUACUGCAAGGCAAUCUCGACUCGCUCUCCAAUCAGCUCCGCCUGUUCCGAAGAGGAUAUCAAUGCAAUUUGGCCUGCUAUCUGGCAGCAUGGAUUGCCAAAUUGGAAAUCUGUCCUUGGUAUUUUCGCGUGGAUCAUGAUUGCACUUUCUACGAACUGCCACGAAAUUAGAUUCGGUCGUCUCAUCAAAACAUUAACCGUUUCCACCAUGAUGUCUCUAGGUAUGGAUGACUGGCAUCUUUUCCUUGAUAUUGCAAAAACAGCCUUUCGAAUACAGAGAUGGCUGGCUGGAGGAGAACAUGCAGGUAGUACAAAGCAACUCAUGGGAGGACAGUGGGUAGUGGAUCAGUACAAGGGCUUUGCGAUGGAUGGUGCUUGUCCAAACUUCGAAUUACCGAGAGACGAGCUAUGA